AUGUCUGAUAAUAGUAAAAGAGCGCUUAACGAAGUGGAGAAUAUAGAUCCAACUUCAAAGAAGGCAAAAAUCGAAAUUGGGAUUGAUCCAACUCCAGAUGGUACUGUGGAAGAAUUAACAAAAGAAGCUCAUUCACUACCUGUUUCAUUACAAUCUACUCAAGAUGAUCAACAUCUCCAUCAAUCUCAAACUUUCAAGGCUAAGAAUGCCAUGGCUCAGGUGGAACCUUCAAAAUUUGAAAAAGAAUUAUUAUCAAUGAGUAAUGAUAUUAAUAUCAAAAAUUUAACAGCUGAAGAUCAAACUUGGGAAAGACCUUCAUUACCAAAAGAUUGGGAUCCAAAUACACAUGACAUAACAUUUCAACAAUUAGAUGCUGAAGAAGCGCUGACUGAUGGUUCGUCAGCCGUGAGGUUUUUCGGUGUAACUCAAGAAGGUUAUUCAGUUUUAUGUAAUGUUACUGGGUUUUUACAUUAUUUUUAUGUACCAGCUCCAAUGGAUUUUAGAAAAGAACAUGUAUCAACUUUUACUCAUUAUUUACAACAAACUUUUAGUGGUGUUCACAGCGUGGGAUUAGCUUUCAAAGAAUCAAUUUGGGGGUUUAAUGGGAAUCAAAAAGUUUGUUUUUUAAAAAUUGUUGGUGUUAAUGCUAAAGAUAUACCCAAAAUUAGAUCUGGUUUUGAAAAAGGGAUGGUUUCAUGGAAUGGGAUGUUUAAUAAUGGUGGUGAUGGUACAAUGACUUAUGAUAAUAUUCAAUAUCUAUUAAGAUUGUUGAUUGAUUGUAAAAUCACUGGUAUGAGUUGGAUCACAUUACCAAAAUCAACAUACACCAUCAUUAAUAGUCAUUCAAAAUUAUCAAGAUGUCAAUUGGAGGUUAAUAUUGAUUAUCAUGAUUUAGUUUCUCAUCAACCUGAAGGUGAAUGGUUAAAAAUGGCCCCAUUACGUAUCUUAUCAUUUGAUAUUGAAUGUGCUGGUAGAAAAGGUAUUUUCCCAGAAGCUGAACAUGAUCAAGUUAUCCAAAUUGCUAAUGUUGUCUCGAGAUCUGGUGAAUCAAGACCUUUUGUUCGUAAUGUCUUCACAGUAAAUACUUGUUCUCCAAUAACAGGUUCUGAAAUUUUUGAACAUCAAGAUGAAAGAGAUAUGUUGUUGGCUUGGAGAGAUUUCGUUACAAGAGUGGAUCCAGAUGUUAUCAUUGGUUACAACACAACUAAUUUUGAUUUACCAUAUUUAUUAGAUCGUGCAAAUGCACUUGGAUUAAAAGAUUUCCCAUAUUUUGGUAGAUUGAAAAAUAUCAAACAAGAAGCUAAAGAUUCCGUCUUUAGUUCAAAAGCUUAUGGUACUAGAGAAUCAAAAGUUAUAAACAUUGAUGGUAGAAUGCAAUUGGAUCUUUUACAAUUCAUCCAAAGAGAAUAUAAAUUAAGAUCAUAUACUUUAAAUUCAGUUUCUGCACAUUUCCUUAAUGAACAAAAAGAAGAAGUUCAACAUUCCAUCAUUACAGAUUUACAAAAUGGUACUAGUGAAACAAGAAGACGGUUAGCUGUUUAUUGUUUAAAAGAUGCAUAUUUACCCAUGAGACUAUUAGAAAAAUUGAUGUGUCUAGUUAAUUACACAGAAAUGGCUAGAGUUACAGGUGUUCCAUUCUCAUUCUUAUUAACAAGAGGUCAACAAAUUAAAGUCAUUUCCCAAUUAUUCAGAAAAUGUUUAGAAGUUGAUCUUGUUGUACCAAAUUUACAACAGAGUGGUAGUUCAGAUGUUCAAUAUGAAGGUGCCACGGUUAUUGAACCUCAUAGAGGUUAUUAUGAUGUUCCAAUUGCCACAUUAGAUUUCAGUUCUCUAUAUCCAAGUAUCAUGAUGGCCCAUAAUUUAUGCUAUACAACAUUAUUAAAUAAACCAACUAUAGAAAGAUUAAGUUUGAGAAAAGAUGAAGAUUAUACAGUUACCCCAUCUGGUGAUUUUUUCGUUAAAUCAACUCAAAGAAAGGGAAUUUUACCAAUCAUUUUAGAAGAAUUGUUAUCUGCGAGAAAAAAGGCAAAAGCUGAUUUGAAAAAAGAAACUGAUCCUUUUAAAAGAGAUGUUUUGAAUGGUAGACAAUUGGCUUUGAAAAUUUCUGCUAAUUCUGUUUAUGGGUUCACUGGUGCUACUAUUGGUAAAUUACCUUGUCUUGCAAUUUCAUCUUCAGUUACUGCUUUUGGUAGAGGUAUGAUUGAAAAGACAAAACAAGAAGUUCAACAGAAAUAUACAAUAGCUAAUGGUUAUGAAUUUGAUUCUGAAGUUAUUUAUGGUGAUACCGAUUCUGUCAUGGUUAAAUUUGGUUAUAAAGAUUUAGAAACUUGUAUGAAAUUAGGUGAAGAAGCUGCUGAUUAUGUUUCUACAAAAUUUUUAAACCCAAUUAAAUUGGAAUUUGAAAAAGUUUACUUCCCAUAUUUGUUGAUUAAUAAAAAAAGAUACGCUGGGUUAUAUUGGACAAGAACUGAUACUUUUGAUAAAAUGGAUACAAAAGGUAUUGAAACUGUUAGAAGAGAUAAUUGUCGUUUGGUUUCAAAUGUUAUCACUAAAAUUUUGGAAUUGAUUCUAGAGAAAAGAGAUGUUAAAUCUGCUGAAAGUUAUGUCAAGCAAACAAUUGCAGAUUUAUUACAAGAUCGUGUGGAUAUGCAACAGUUGGUUAUUACAAAAGCUCUAUCAAGACAAGAUUAUGCAAAUAAACAACCUCAUGUGGAAUUAGCUGAAAGAAUGAGAAAAAGAGAUGCCGGUUCUGCUCCAACUAUUGGUGAUCGUGUUGCUUAUGUCAUUAUCAAAACUGCUGGUAACAAGAGUUAUGAAAAAUCAGAAGAUCCAUUAUACGUUUUAGAACAUAACUUGCCAAUUGAUGCUAAAUAUUAUUUGGAAAAUCAAUUAGCAAACCCAUUAACAAGAAUUUUCGAACCAAUUUUGGGGGAAAAGAAAGCUAAAGAAUUAUUAACAGGUUCACAUACAAGAACAGUUACAAUGGCAUCAGCAUCAUCGUCAACUGGUGGGUUAAUGAAGUUUGUCAAGAAAGUUGAAACUUGUAAAGGUUGUAAAAAUCCAUUACCUAAGAACAAUCUAGGUGCAUUAUGUGACAAUUGUAAACCAAAAGCAGGUAAACUAUAUAGUGAAGCAUUAGCUGGUAUGAAUGCUUUACAAGUUAAAUUUUCAAGAUUAUGGACAGAAUGUCAAAGGUGUCAAGGUUCAUUACAUCAAGAUGUUUUAUGUUCAAACAAAGAUUGUCCAAUCUUCUAUAUGCGUAAAAAGGCACAAAAAGAUGUUAUUGCACAAUCAAAAGAACUUCAAAAAUGGAAUGAUACGUUUUGGUAA